AUGAAAAGAAGACGGGGUCAGCAACAGCGACUGCAGCAUGCCUCAGCUGCUAUGGAAGCAGAAUCGGCUUUGGAAAGCUUGCUGAUGGAAUCUUUCGCCUCAGGAGCUAUAUCAGGUGCGUUUUGUCAUGCAGUGAUCAAAGCAGCUGUGCAGGACAUUACAGAAGCAAGGGACAAUGGUUCCACUUUCCCCCUGAUGGAGAAGCUCGCUCAUAUUGUGCAUUCGAAGAAUUUCAACCUGGCCUUGGAGGUCGCCCUCAAAAACAAAGCUGAGCUCAUGGCCCCGAUGGAAGUAAGCAUUCCCCUGCAGGGUGCUCCAGACAAUCAACCAUCGUGCCGGAUCAUGCUUCCCCAUGAGAUGUUGCAUGGAAAGUACACUAGUUCCUCUGGUUGGCAGAAGUCUAUUUUGCCCAACCCCGACCACCUUGCAAGGUUUUGGUCCACCUUUAAGGGCCACCCUUGCAUGCAAGGGCACGAUGUUCUGAAGCGCCCCGGCUUUGAACAGUGUGCCAUCCCCCUCUGUCUUCACGGGGAUGAGGUGCCCGUGGUCGGAGUAGGAAAAAUUUGGUGCCACAGUGUGUUGCAGUUUAGCUUCAACAGUUUGAUGGCGACGGCGGCUGGGAGAUCGGCAGAGGAUUGUCAAAUCCUCAUCUGGGGCAUCUUUGAGAAGUAUGUCUUGCCGGAAACGAUGCCAGCCUUUUUUGGACUCUUGAAGUGGAGCUUCGACAUUUGCUACUCCGGUCGAUGGCCGAGCAGGGAUUGGAGGGGGGUCAAGUAUGCUCCCGGUACCCCUGAGGCUCGUCGUGCUGGAUCCCAGCUCUGUGCCGGGUACUUCGGGGUCCUACUCCAGCUGAAUGGGGAUUUAGACUAUUUCGCGAAGUGGUUGGAAACCCCUCGCUGGUCAAGUCAUGCAAAGCCCUGCAGCCUCUGCAGGGCCACUUUUCGUGGCGAGCUCUCUUGGCUUGACAAUCGCCCUUCGUCGCCUUGGCAGCAGUCCUGCCUUACCACAGCAAAUUGGAGGAGCCAUUGGUCGCCAACCAAUCCAAUCUUCAGGCUGCCUGGAAUGAGUGGACUUUCCUGCAGCAUGGACCUGCUGCACAAUCUUUACCUCGGCUGGCUACAAUACUUCUAUGGAAGUACCGUCACAAUCAUCAUCGAAGAUUGUCUCCCGAACUCGCCUUUGCAGAACCUUGCAUAUGUUUCCGCUUUCAUCAAGGACUACCAGAAGAAUCAAAAGAGAAAGUUCAAACAACGAUUGCACAAAUUGACGAUGGUCCAGCCAAAGAAGGGGUAUCCGAAAAUGCGAGGCCGAGCAGCCGACAUGCAGAGCUUGCACGAUGCACUCCUUGCCCUUUUCACCGAGGAGAUGGACGAGACGAACACACAGCACAGACGAAUUCGUUUGUUCCUUGAACUCAACAAGCAGGUGCAAGAUUCGUUGGAUGAGUUCUCGCCCACUUUUGGGUUCAUGGCCGUUCCGGAAGAAGAGGCCUCGGCGAUUUUUAGGAAAGGCCUCACCAUGGCUCAGCUUCAUGUGAUGUUGUUCGAGCACUUCAAGAGCGAGGAGAGGAAGAUCUUCAAUCUGACUCCCAAAACCCAUUUUGUCCUGCACAGUCUUUGGUUGUCCCGAUAUAUUCACCCGGCCAUGUUGUGGUGCUAUAAGGGUGAAGCCACAAUGCACCGAUUGCAGGUGCUCUGGAAGUCCUGCUUGCCGGGGUGCAAGCAUUGGCAAGUAGGGAUGAGAGCAGCUCUAAAGGAGCGGUACCUGCUUUGGCUCAAGGGCAAGGUGUGA